GUAGUGUCUAGGGACUGUGUUUGAAGUAUCGGUUCUGAAGACAACCUCUUAAAAUUAAGAAGAGAUAGAGACAGUUUGAAUUGGGCCUUUCCAUAGCUUCAUAAUCGAUCACAGGCCUAAAUAUAUUUAAAGAAAUAAAGAAAUUUUUAAAAACUUAGGGACACUCCGCCUUUAAACCUAUGCUUCUCUAAUCGAUGAUUCCUAAAUCUAGGAAUAGGUAGUUGAUGUUUGUGGGCUGGGUCUCUGUCUGUCGGAGCAGCCUCGUGGUUGUCUCGUUGCUGUGGAGGCCGGAGGAAGGAAAGCGGAAGCCAGAAGACUGCAUCUUCUCGCGUACCUGUGCAAGCUAAUGUUGAGCUGCCUCUUUUUGUAACAGACCAGAGCGCCUGUUGCCUAUUACCACUUACGCUUCUGUAGACAAGUCUUGUGGGUACUCCUCGCCAUGGCUCAGCUCCAGACACGCUUCUUCACUGACAACAAGAAAUACGCGGUAGAUGAUGUUCCCUUCUCAAUUCCUGCAGCCUCUGAAAUUGCUGACCUUAGUAACAUCAUCAAUAAAUUGCUGGAGGCCAAAAAUGAGUUCCACAAACAUGUGGAGUUCGAUUUCCUUAUCAAGGGUCAGUUUCUGCGAAUGCCCUUGCUCAAACACAUGGAACUGGAAAACAUCUCCUCAGAAGAGGUUGUGGAACUGGAAUAUGUGGAGAAGUACACUGCUCCUCAGCCAGAGCAAUGCAUGUUCCAUGAUGACUGGAUCAGUUCCGUCCAAGGGGCAGAGGAAUGGAUCUUGACUGGUUCUUAUGAUAAGACUUCUCGGAUCUGGUCCUUGGAAGGAAAGUCAAUAAUGACAAUUGUGGGACAUACAGACGUUGUAAAAGAUGUGGCCUGGGUGAAAAAAGAUAGUUUGUCUUGCCUACUACUGAGUGCCUCUAUGGAUCAGACGAUUCUCUUAUGGGAGUGGAAUGUGGAGAGAAACAAAGUGAAAGCCCUGCACUGCUGCAGAGGUCAUGCUGGAAGUGUGGAUUCUAUAGCUGUUGAUAGCACGGGAACUAAAUUUUGCAGUGGCUCCUGGGAUAAGAUGCUAAAGAUCUGGUCUACAGUUCCUACAGAUGAAGAAGAUGAAAUGGAGGAAUCCACAAAUCGACCAAGAAAGAAACAGAAAACAGAGCAGUUGGGACUAACGAGGACUCCCACAGUGACCCUCUCUGGCCAUAAGGAAGCAAUUUCUUCAGUUCUGUGGUCAGAUGCUGAAGAAAUCUGCAGUGCAUCUUGGGACCACACAAUUAGGGUGUGGGAUGUAGAGUCUGGCAGUCUUAAGUCAACUUUGACAGGAAAUAAAGUGUUUAAUUGUAUAUCCUAUUCUCCACUUUGUAAACGUUUAGCAUCUGGAAGCACAGAUAGGCAUAUCAGACUGUGGGAUCCUCGAACUAAAGAUGGUUCUUUGGUGUCGCUGUCCCUAACCUCACAUACAGGCUGGGUCACAUCAUUAAAGUGGUCUCCUACCCAUGAGCAGCAGCUGAUUUCAGGUUCUUUAGAUAACAUUGUCAAACUGUGGGAUACAAGAAGUUGUAAGGCUCCUCUCUAUGAUCUGGCUGCUCAUGAAGACAAAGUUCUGAGUGUAGACUGGACAGACACAGGGUUACUUCUGAGUGGAGGAGCAGACAAUAAACUGUAUUCCUACAGAUAUUCACCUACUACUUCUCAUGUGGGGGCAUGAACGUGAAUGAUAAAUUUGACUACAGAGAUUGUUUCUGUACAUGAAAUUGAUAAAGAAGCCUCAUAUUACAUCAGUGAUGGUUCAGAAAGCAGCCUCUUUAAGUUUAUACAAUGUUUUCACCCUUGAUAAUAGUUAUCACUGUCUUUUUCUUUAUUUUGUAUUUAUUAUACAAUAGUUUGUGUUGUUAAAAUAUAAAACAUGACCUGCCCUCUCUGCCAUACUCUUAAAGCUAAACAGAGUUUUUUUAUUUCCUUUCACAGGUAUUGCUUUGAAGUAACAUUUGCUUUUGAAAUGCUGUAAAAGCAUAUAUUAAAAAUAGAGUAAUUUCCCAGUAAAAUAGAGAUUUUAUUUCUGUUGGGAAACUUAAACUUAAAACUUAACAAGUUUUCCAAUGUUAGCUGUUUAAAAAAAGUAUCUUAAGGAAACUAAUAAAUUCUAAUAGAGAAAAAAUUAGAAAUACAAUUUGUUUUAGGUAAGAUAAGUGAUGUCUAACUAUAAUAAGACUUUGUGGGUAUUCAGAACAUUAAAACAUGUAGAUGCUGCCAAUUAAGAGUUUGUUGACAUAUUUUAAGUGAAGUAUUAAAGAUAUGUUAAAUAUGUAUUAAAGACUUAUUAGAAUCCUUUGUAUUAAAGAUAUGUUAGAAUCCUUUA